CAAAAAAACAGGCUAUCAGCGACGGAUUUAGCGACGGAAAUUACUUCCGUCGGAAAAAAAAAAUUUAGCGACGGAAUUAGCGAUGGAUCAGCGACAAACACUAAAGCUUUAUAUUUCUGACGGAUUUGCGACGGAUUAGCGACGGAUUUUUAAAAUAUUAGCGACGGAAUUUAUUCCGUCGCUAAUCCGUCAGAAAAUGCAAAAAAAUAUUUAAAAACCUAAUCCAUCUCUUUCGGGACUCUUUUUGAUUUCAGCCACCAUUUUCCUCUCCUCUCUUCUCCUCUCUUCUCCUUAUCGCUCCAUCCUUCUUCUUGCCGCCGUCGCCGUCGCCGCCUCCGUCGCCGCCGCCUCCGUCGUUCUCGGGCUAUCGCGCGUUGCUGCGCCUCUCUGUAGCUGUUGCUGUUGCCGCGGCUGUGCCGCCAUUGCUGGAGCUGCCACCGCUGCCGCCACCACCGUUGCCACUCACCGCCGUUGCAACUGCCGAUCGUCGCCACUCCAUAAUAUAUUUAUCAUGUCGGUAGAUCGUAGAUGGAUGUAUGAGCGACUAGAUGAAAAUGGCUUUCUUAAUUCUGAAUUUGAGAUUGGGGUGGAGACAUUUCUAAACUUUGCCUAUGCACAAGUACAGUUUAUAUGCCAAGAUAAAAUUCGUUGUCCAUGUUCUAAGUGUCAGAAUAGGAAAUUUCAGAAUAGGCAAGAUGUUACUUAUCACCUUUGCAAAAGUGGAUUUGUUGGAGGAUAUACUAAGUGGAUUGCGCAUGGUGAAUCUAUCACUCAUGAAAUAAAUUCUGAACAACUUGAGGAACAAUCUACUGAUUAUCUUGCUACAACCAACAAUGUCAAUGAUUAUAGAAGCAUGGUCAUAGAAGCAAUGGAUAUAAAUUAUGGUACAGUUGGAGUUGGUAGUUCUGAAAUGGGCAAUCGAACCAUGGAGCCGAACUUAGAAGUUUCAAAAUUCUAUGAAUUAUUACAUGGUGCGGAUGUGCCAUUAUGGGAAGGCUGCAAUAAUCAUACCAAGUUAUCUGCUGUAUCUCAAUUGCUGAACUUAAUGUCAGAAUUUCACAUUAGUCAUAGUUGUUUUAAUAAGUUUAUGGGAACGGUAAAAAGUAUGCUACCAGAAGGAAACCUCUUACCAGAUAAUUUUUAUAAUACGAAGAAGAUGAUGUCCACUCUAGGCCUUGGUUAUACAAAAAUCGAUGUUUGUGUAAACAAUUGUAUGUUGUACUUUCAAGAAAAUAUCGACAGAACAUCAUGUACAAUAUGUGGUCACUCUCGAUAUAAACCAAUACAAUCAUUUAUGGGGCGACGAAAAAAGAGACCAUUUAAAGUGUUGCGAUAUCUACCUUUGAUUCCUAGACUCCAAAGACUUUUUAUGUCAUCCAAAACUGCUCUGCAUAUGGUUUGGCAUGCUUCUAACCAACAUGUAGAUGGUAGUAUGGUGCAUCCUGUUGAUAGUGAGGCAUGGAAACAUUUUGAUCGCACCCACUCUUGGUUUGCAUCUGAUCCAAGAAAUGUUCGGCUUGGAUUAUGUACUGAUGGAUUCAAUCCUUUUGGGCAACGGUCUAAACCGUAUUCUUGUUGGCCCGUAAUUGUUGUAGUUUACAAUUUACCUCCAUGGAUGGCAAUGAAAAAACCUUACAUGUUUCUGAAUAUGGUAAUUCCAGGUCCUAAAAGCCCUGGAAAAAGCUUGGAUGUUUUUUUGAGGCCUUUGAUUGAUGAGCUGAAAUUGUUGUGGCAUGAAGGAGUUUGGACUCGUGAUGCUAAUUCUAACCAAAACUUUCAAAUGAAAGCAGCAUUGUUAUGGACAAUAAGUGAUUUUCCUGCAUAUGGUAUGUUAUCUGGAUGGAGCACACAUGGUAGAAUGUCAUGUCCAUAUUGUAUGGAAAAUAGUAAGGCCUUUAUACUUCAGCAUGGUGGGAAGCCAUCUUUUUUUGAUUGUCAUCGUCAAUUCCUUCCUAUUAACCAUCCAUAUCGAAGACAGAAAGAUAAAUUUAGAAAAGGUUUCAUAGAAAAAACUCCUCCACCUUCUCGUAUGGCAGGUGAUGUUAUACAACAUCGGGUUAAUUUGUUGAGUGAUGUUGUGUUUGGAACAACUGCUGGCAAGCAAACAAUACCGGGGUUUGGAGUACAGCAUAACUGGGUGAAAAAGAGUAUAUUUUGGGAGCUUCCAUAUUGGCAAUCAAAUUUACUUCGACAUAAUUUGGAUGUUAUGCAUAUAGAGAAGAAUGUAUUUGAUAACAUAUUCUACACAGUUAUGGAUGUGAAUGGCAAAUCAAAGGACAAUAUCAAGGCAAGACAAGAUUUGAAAGUCUAUUGCAAUCGUCCUGAGUUAGAAUUGUUGUAUAAUAAUGGUAAAGUGUACAAACCUAAAGCCACUUAUUCUUUGAAUAAAGAACAGAAACGGUCAAUUUGUCAAUGGCUUAAGGAUUUGAGGUUGCCUGACGGUUAUGCUUCGAACAUUGCUCAGUCUGUUAGUGUGAAUGAUUGUAAAUUUUAUGGAUUAAAAAGCCAUGAUUGCCACAUAUUGAUGCAAAGACUGAUACCAAUUGCAUUUCGUGACAUAUUGCCUAAAGCAGUUUGGGAUGCUUUGACUGAGUUGAGUCAUUUUUUUAGAGACAUAACUGCAACCACACUCACAGAAGAAAAUUUGAAUAUCUUAGAAAAAAAUAUUGUUGAGAGCAUUUGCAAGAUGGAGAAGAUAUUCCCACCCGGUUUCUUUGACUCAAUGGAGCAUUUACCUAUUCACUUGGCAUACGAGGCAAAAGUAGGUGGACCUGUGCAAUAUCGUUGGAUGUAUCCCUUUGAACGAUACCUCUUUGACUUGAAGAAAAAAGUGAAAAAUAAAGCUUCUGUUGAGGGUUCAAUUGUUGAGGCAUAUCUUAUUGAGGAAAUUUCAUCUUUUUGCUCACAUUACUUUGAGCCAUCUAUCUCGACAAGACUAAAUAGAGUCCCAAGAAAUGAUGAUGGUGGACAUGUAGAACCUAUGGGACGCCUUUCGAUUUUCACUCAUGCAGGUCGACCUUUUGGGCAGUUGGAACAUGGCAGAAUGUUGUCAAAUGAAGAGUACUGUGCAGCACAUUUAUAUGUGUUAUUGAAUUGUCCUGAAAUUGAUCCGUUUAUUGAGUAA